GAAGUGCGAUUUUAAAGAUGGAUAUCUAGGAUCCGGAGAUAACAAGACCUCUAUCUUAUUCCUCUUUCUAUUUCUCAGGUAGAGGUAUCGGUUGCAGAAAUAAGAAAUGGCAUUUUGGGGAGUAAAACUAGAACCAGGAAAACCUUACACCCAUGGCUACAAUAGCUCGCUCGGAAGGCUUCGUAUUUCUCAGGCGACCUUUGGUGAUUUCAAUUCAUCAAAGGGGCAUGUUUUUGUUCAAUGUAAAGUAGGGAACAGGAGUCCUGUUUCUUUAUGCUUAUUGCACGCUAAUAAUGUAUCAUGUACGUUGGAUAUUGAAUUCGAGGAGAAGGAAGAUGAUGUUGUUUUUGAAGUUAUUGGCAGUAGAAGUGUGCAUCUAACUGGUUUCUACCUUGGCCAUAAUGUUGUAACAAGGAAGGUGGGAAAUUAUGGUUCUGGUUCUACAUCUCAAGUAGCCGAGGUGAAAAACGAGGUUAAUGUUUUUGAGAUGGGUAGAGAAUCCGGAUACAAGGAUACGGUAGUAAAUGGACGUCGCGUAAGAACCAUGGCCAGUGGUUUAGUAAUUGAAGACAUAGAAACGAGCAAGAACUGCCAAAUAGCUUAUCAUGGAUGUGAGGUGUGUAUUCGUUAUUUUGCUCAAAUAAAGAGCACUGGCUAUGUCUUUGAAUCAAAUUAUGCCACGCCAUGGAAAAACUGUUUUCGAUUAGGCAAAGGAGGUCUUAUUAAAGGGUUGGAAGAAGGGAUUAAUGGUAUGCAUGUCGGAGACAGAAGAAGACUCACAGUUCCACCAUCCAUGGGUUACUGUGGAUCUAAAGCACGGAGUGAUGUACGAGCAGAUGCAUGGAUUGUAUGCGAGGUUGAUCUGGAGGGUGUCAAAGAUUAGAAGAUAUGUGCUCCAUUAUAUUUAUACUAUAUAUAUAUAUAUAUAUAUAUAUAUAUAUAUAUAUAUAUAUAUAUAUAUAUAUGAUGUUUAAUUUGAAGUUACCAGUAAUGGGCUCGAUAAGAUGUCAAUACCGGUACCACUAAAUGGACACUACAUAAUUGGGUUUUGUCGACGAUAAUAAAUUAGAAUUUUCAUAAGUUUUCUUUCUUUUUUGGGGGAUAUUAAGUGAUGAUCUCAUCCUAUGAAAGCUGACAGGGGGUGUUCUAAUAAUACUCAAAUUACUAU